GGUCGUUAUCUAGACACUGAGUGCCGUGGAAUUCAUCGGUGUUUAUUUCAAAUCAACAAUUUUGAUUGCAUCUGUAAUCACCAGCCGGGGUUGGGUGAGAUCUCGUAAGACUGAAAGAAAGAUGUGCAGAUAAAGCUUAAUCUCACAAUUUCUGUCUCCACUCUUUAAUUUACAAGGCUCCUGGAGCUCUAGCCAUCCACGGUCUGGAUCCCAGUAUCUUCUUCACCUUCAGCUCAUAUACAUGGUAUUCUAUGCAAAACCACUUCACCGACAUGCGCUAGUAUAUUCGAUAUUAGUCGAGGUCCAAAGUCGUCGAACUUGCAACGAGGUUCAAUUGCGACCUUGAUAUACAUUCUAUCCAAUCAUCAUACGUCAUGGCGUUGGUACCAGGCCUCUCAGAUCUACAAACGGUCCUUCUCAACCCUCUCCAUAGAUAUGAUGUGAGGUAAAUCAAAAAACCAGUGAUGGUUGUAUGAAAAGCGAGUGGAUUACGUUCAAGUAUUGCUAAUCUAAAAAGCUUCCGGGUCGUAUGAACCGUUGUCUCUUCCCCCCCCCUCGCAAUUGCAAAGCGUGAUAGCCUAGAGCGGUUAAGUUCUACCAAACUAUAAAGGCGCUCUAUUCGUCCCUUAUCAUUCAUGCAAAGGGAGAGUCAUUUGGAUAUUUGUAUACUUCUGAAGAACCCGAAUUAUGCUUUUUUCUUCAUCGUUGCUAGCAUUCGUUGCUGCUGCAAAUGCAAUCGCUUUACCAAAUAGUAAUUUGAGAUAUAGAAACACGGAUGAUAGCACCUUAUAUUCAAAAGCCAACACGUUUGAUAAGGCAUUCAUUAUUGAACUGGAAAGGGGAGUAAGCACCUCUGUAUCCAGACGAGAUCUCCGUAAUGCCUUCCACAAACGUGCGGCGUCAAUCAGCUACGAUGUCCGUCACGAAUUCGAUUCUAUAGCAUUUGUUGGGCUUUCUAUUUAUGUUACUCAAAACAACACCAAUGUGGAAUUGCAACAACAGCUUUCGGAAAUCCCUGGAGUAGUAGACGUCUGGCCAGUUUACCAAGUCCCUCGUCCUGGUGUACUUUCGAAUUCCACAAACGAGGAUAGUUUCAAUGCAAACAUUCCGUUGGUACAAAGAAGACAAUCAACAGUGACUGGAGCAGGAGAUUUGUCCUCAGCUCUCGAGAUGGGUGGUGUCGAUAAGCUACAUGCAAAAGGCAUCAAAGGCAAAGGAAUCAAAAUCGGAAUUGUGGAUACCGGGGUUGACUAUCGCCAUCCUGCACUAGGUGGAGGAUUUGGGACUGGUUUCAAGAUCACUGGUGGAUACUCUUUCGUAUACGAUAACGGAACCUUGGGGGAUAGUUCGGACCCUUUGUCUACGUGUCUCACUGGAGGACAUGGAACCCACGUGUCAGGUAUCCUUGGAAUGGAUCCCAUAUCUGAAAAUGGCUACUUUCCAAUCAGUGGUGUCGCUCCCGAGGCUAAUCUCUACAUGUACCGUACCUUUGAUUGCUCAAAUGCAGGUGGCAGUGACACCAUUAUGGCCGGCAUGCUAAAAGCACACGAAGAUGGCGUUGAUGUUAUCAGCAUGUCUCUUGCGGUUGGAACUGAAUUUCCUUCAACCCCAGAUCCAUUAGCUUCUGUUGUACAGAGCAUUACCCAAGCCGGAACUGCUGUGAUUGUAGCAGUCGGUAAUGAAGGCUCUCUAGGUCAAUAUGCUACAGAGUUAUUCACUGCAGAUUACCCUUCUUCAGAGCCGGGUGCCAUCGCUGUAGGGGCCAUUGCAAAUAGAGAUUUUCCCCUUGUCUAUCCGGCCGUGGAUUCUGCCAAUUCCACUCUCGGUUAUGCAUCUGUUUGGCCAGUUAACCUCACUGUUCCUGUAUACAUUUAUCUUGUAUCAGAUGGAUGUGAUAGCUCAACAUGGGCUGAUGCUCUCAAUACUGUCAGCCAAAGUGGUCUUUUAAAUACCACAAUCUUUGCUUUCGAAGCAUUUGAAACGACUACUUACUGCAAUCCGAAUUCGAUUGCUUCGGGUUGGAAGUCGGGUAAAGUACAACCUGUCUAUGUCAUGGGCUACAAUUCAGACAUCGCAAACUCUUACUUACUCGAGUAUAACGUCUUCAGUCCUUCGUACUUUGGCUCAGUAAGUUAUAUCAAUCUUAACACUGAUGAUGGGAUUACUCUUGUCAACAAUUAUGGUUUGGUUGGAGGUUUUCCUAAAUACACUUUAACAUUCACGGGAAACAAUUUUAAGAGCCCUCCACAACACACAGGGGGCUUGGUUGAUUAUUACUCGAAUUUCGGUCCAACGUAUUUUACUUAUGAUUUAAAACCACAAAUUUCUGCACCUGGCGGCCAUAUCCUUUCGACAUAUCCCCUAGGCGUCAAUUCCAAUUACGCGAUCUUAUCUGGGACUUCAAUGGCUACUCCCUACGUUGCAGGAUGCUUUGCGCUGGUCAAAUCCCAAUUUCCCACCGCCAGCACAUCUCAAAUAUUAGAUCUGCUACAGACCACAGCGGCCCCUGUCAAUUGGGUUUGGAAUAGCACGAUCAUUUCCGCAACUGCACAACAGGGUGCGGGUCUCAUCAAUGCAUAUGAUGCUAUCUAUGCUCAAACCACGAUUUCUCCCGGGCAGAUCGUUCUUGGAGAUGACAGUACGCAUAAUGUGUUUGGUGCUGCAAAUAUCACCAUUGAUAAUACAUCAGGAUCUACUAAAACCUACACUCUAUCUCAUAUCGGUGCCGGCUACACUGAUGGCCAAUUGUCCGGGCGAAACUACAAUCAAAUCGCGCUUUACGGAACUGGUGUUUUCCCUACCCCUACAGUCACCCUAGCAGGUGGUCAGUCUAAAACCAUCGAUUUCUCCAUCGUUCCCCCCAUAGGCGUUGUUGCAUCGAACCGUCCUGUCUUCGGUGGUUACAUUAAAGUCAGCUCUUCUACCGGUGAAACAUAUACCGUUCCCUACAUUGGACCGCCAUAUUCAAUGUUCAAUGCAUCAUACAUCUCGGUUAUCCAAGUUGCUGGUUUUAACUCGGCCGGGACACCAGAAAAGGAUACUGGGUUUCUCGAGAUCAAUCCUACCAGACAAUAUGAAAUAGCCGCCGACAUCCCACAACAAUAUACACUUGCAUUCAGAUUCGAUCUCUUACCCGCCAAUACAAAUAUUACAGCUAACAAACACGCCUAUAACAUAUCUCAAACCUUCCCCUAUAUUUCUUCCCAAUCCACUGCCAAUUCCUCGAUCUUUGGAUACCCAUCUUUUGGAACUUACACGAACCGUACGGCGACGGUAGCAAAUGGCGCCAUACGGCCAGCUAACUAUAUUCAGUAUUGGACCAGUGCACAAAUCACUGGUGAUGAUGGGGUGAGCUAUAAUGUAGGGGAUGGUGAUUAUCGAUUUUUUGCAAGCGUGCUGAGAUGGGGUGGAAAGGUGGGGAAGAUUGAAGAUUAUGAUACGUGGCUGGGACCAAUUUUGAGAUUUAAUUCGAGCUAUUCCGACUAAUUGUUUUUGAGGAUUGUAAUGGUGUUGAUACGCUCCAGUGGGCAGUGGUAGCUGAUGAUAGUAAUCAUUAAUUGAUAUGGUAAUUUAACAAGGGAAGGAGAAUUCAUGAACAAUAAAUAGCAUGUUUGUUAAUUGUUUUGAGUCACCAUUAUAAAAGGUUUUUCAUACUGCUCGUUCUGGAGUCUAAAUAAUCUAGAAUUUAUACGACAAAAAAUGUGGAGCUAUUCUCA